AUGGGAAUAGAAGAUAUUGAAGAUGCAUUGGUAAAUGAAACAACACCAUUACCAAUCGAUCAACAACAACAACUUGAACAAUUGCAACAGAUGCAACAGCAACAAGUUUUGGUUGGCGAUGAAAUUCCUUAUUAUAUGCCGUUGUCGAACGAGCAACGUGAACAACAACAACAGCAAUUGCUGCAACAAUAUCAGCAGCAAUUGGUCGAACAAUAUGGAAGACCAUCGUCAUUUCAACCUGGUCAAUCACCCUCACAUCUUCCACCACCAGCAAUCAUCCCACAUCAACAGCAAAUGAUUCAACCGAUCUACUAUCCACAGAUUUCGAGCUCGCCACACUCGAUGCCACCAAUGCCACCAGGUGCCACCGCCGGUCCAAUGAUCAUGUCACCACCUUUAAACAUGCAAUCGGUUGUACAACCAAGUCCACAACCAAACUCAUUCGUUCAAACACAUGCCUACAUUCAACCACCACCCACCUACGACAUUAAAUCACCCUACAAAAACGUAAACAUUGUUUUCCAAGCACCACCACCUCCAAUCUCAUAUGUCAAUGGUCCUUAUGUUGUACCAGUUGAAAAUGAACUUUGGCCAAUCUAUUCUCCUGAUUUAUUCGCUAUUGAUAAAGUACCAUCAUAUGGUCUUGGUACACCACAAGUAGAUGAUUGUAGUGCUGUCAAAGAAAAGAUCAGUUUAUUAAAGAAUAUUUUUGUGAAUCAACAUCAACACAACGCUGUUGACGAUGUACUUUUGGAAUCGGUUGCCGAAUGCAAGCAAUUAGAGUUUUUGAAUCUUAGCAACUGUACAAACUUUACAUUGGCUCAGUUCAACAAGACAAUUGGAAGAUUGAGAAAUCUACGUGGUUUGAACCUCACGAACUGUUCACACAUCACCGAUGACUCUGUAAAGAACAUUGCAAAGAAUUGCGCUAAUCUCGAAGAACUUCACUUGAACAACUGCUAUUUGUUGACUGACAACUCUAUUACAUUCCUUGUCAAGCGUUGCAAGAAUCUAAAGGUUCUUUCUAUGAGUCGUUGCGAGAGAGUCACCGACUACACCUUGUUUGAGAUCUCAAAGAAUCUCAAGGCAUUGGAAUCAAUCUGUAUCAACAGAAUGAAAUAUGUCACUGACAAGGGUUUGGCAGAUUUGAAGAAUCUCAAUAUUAAAUCGUUCUACGCUUACGAGACUCUACUGACAGAUCAAAGCAUCUCUGAGCUCGCUCUGAGAUGGCGUCAACUGGAAGUAUUGAAUGUUGCCAAAUGCAUCAACGUAACAAAUCAAGCAUUGUCUACCGUCGCUUUGCACUGUCCACAAAUCCAAAAGCUCUUUGUCAAUGGUUGUCCAAAGAUUUCAUCAGAGGCCAUCGUUCUCGUCGCUCAAAAGUGUCCAUUGAUUCGUGUGUUGCGUAUUGACAAUUGUCCAAACAUCACAGACGAAGCAAUUCUCGCUUUGGAGUUUUUGAAAUCUUUGCACACAUUGAAUGUCAGCAAUCUCUGCAAAUUCAAUGAGCAAUCGCUCAUCAAGAUUCUACCGUCACUACCAAACCUCGAGCAACUCUUCCUCUACCAAUGUCCACGUAUCUCUGAUGCUACUGUCGCUGUAAUUGGUCAGCACUGUCCAAAUCUAAAGGUUCUUCGUCUCGAUCAAUCUAUUUUCCCAGGAGAUGCUGGUGUCUCCUGCUUGGUGAAUUGCAAGUCACUCAAGGGACUCAAUCUCUCCAAUCUCGAGAAUAUUCACGAUCAGACUAUUAUUUCAUUGUCGACAGAGUUGACUGGUCUUCAGAAACUCUAUCUCACUGGUUGCAAGGGCUUGACCGAUGCAUCUCUCGACGCCAUCACCAAUAUCCGUACUAUUGAGAUUCUUCGUAUCAACGAUAGCUUCCAAUUCUCUGAAGAUGCUCUCUGUAAUCUUGCCAAACUUCAAAACUUGAGCGUUUUGAAUAUGUCAGGAUGUGUCAAUACCACCGACAAGGUUUUGGAUCUUCUCAUUUGCUACUGCCAACAGUUGACUCAACUCUACCUUUCUAACUUACCAUGCAUUACCGAUCGUAUCUUACCACCAAUGUUGGCAUCACUCUUGAAGCUCAGACUUUUGAGAAUCGACGGUUGCAGCAAUGUCACAGACAAUGCUUUGAUUGGUCUUCGUUUCAAUGGAUUGCGUUACCUCGAAGUCUUCAACUGCAGUGGCACCUUUAUCGGAGAUGAGGGUCUCUACUCGAUCGUAUCACAAUCGGCACUUCGUGAGCUCUACAUGUGGAACUGUGAAACCAUCACUGACAAUGGUCUCAAGAAGAUCGAUAUGUACUUGCAAAAUCUCGAAGUUCUCCGUGUAGAUAGAUGUAAAAAGAUUACCGACAAAGGAAUUCGUUCUAUUCUUCAAAAGGCUGUACUAUUAAGAACACUCAAUAUUUCACAUACCAAUCUCGGUGACGAUACACUCACUACCGUCGCCGGAUACUGCAAGCUACUCAAGAAGCUCAUCUGUACCAACCUCUCGAGAAUAAGUGACAGUGGUGUCAGUGCGGUCGCACUUCAAUGUCCACUCUUAAAGAUGAUCGAUGUCUCUCGAUGCUUCAAGAUUAGCGACACUGCAGUCAUUGAACUAAGUGUUCGUAGCAAAUACUUGAAGAAGUUUAGCAUCAACGGAAAUUCUAAGAUUACCAACACAUCAAUCAUUAAGUUGUCUGUUGGAUGUCCAAGAUUAAAGGUUGUAAAUCUACAAGAAUGCUCAAAGGUUGGAGAAGUCGGUAUUUUGGCACUCUCAACCUACUGCAAAUACAUUACCACCUUGAAUGUAUCUCACUGUCCAUUGGUUACUGAUCUCUCUAUUGUUGGAAUUGGUCGUGAGUGCUUGGGUCUAAAGAGUCUAAAUGCAUCACAUACCCUUCUGGGAGAUGCUGGUGUGAUUGAAGUUGCAGUCAGAUCCAAUAUUAAUCUCGAGUUUUUGGAUAUUCAAAGCACCAAUGUCACAGAUCAAGCACUUUCUAUGGUAGCCCAAAUGUGUCCAUCACUAAGAGUUUUAAAUAUCCUUUCCACAAAGACAACCGCCAAGACUACAACCACCAUUCAACAAACAUGUCGACUUCUCAAAGAAUUCAAAAUGGUUAAUUAA